CACAAAGGUACAGCUGGAGAGCCCUGUCGCACCCGCACCCGCACCCGCACGCAGCGGCGGCAGCGCAGCUGCGCAGAUCGCCAUCUCAAUUCUCGACCCAACCCCCACGCUGGCCGCUGCACUGAGCAGCAACCACCAGUCCUUCUGUCCGCAGCCUACCACACACGCCACGCCUCGCCUCCGGUCUACAUGGCCGGCGAACUGCGCCACCGCCGCGCGCCGUCGGAGGACGAGGGCGUCGCCUCCUCUCAAAGACUCGACUCCGCCCCCGCAGGCAACGGCAAGGCUGGCACUUCGUCCGGCGGCGGCGAGGGGGCGGAGCCGCGGGGCGGGAAGAGGGACGCGCUAGGGUGGCUGGAGUGGUGCCGCGGUUGGAUGGCCAUCGUGGGGGAGUUCCUCUUCCAGCGCAUCGCCGCCAGCCACCUGGCCAACCCGCUCGAGUUGCCCCCGCUCGAUGGCGUCUCCAUCGUCGUCACCGGCGCCACCAGCGGCAUCGGGCUCGAGAUCGCAAGGCAACUCGCUCUCGCUGGGGCACAUGUUGUUAUGGCUGUAAGGAGACCCAAGGUGGCACAAGAGUUGAUUCAGAAGUGGCAGAAUGAAAAUUCAGAAACAGGAAGACCACUAAAUGCCGAGGUGAUGGAACUUGACCUGCUCUCCCUCGACUCGGUCGUAAAAUUUGCUGAUGCUUGGAAUGCUCGUAUGGCACCGCUGCACGUGUUGAUCAACAAUGCUGGCAUCUUCGCUAUAGGAGAACCCCAACAUUUUUCGAAGGAUGGACAUGAAGAACACAUGCAAGUGAACCAUCUUGCACCUGCAUUACUGGCGAUGCUGCUUAUACCUUCCCUUCUCCGAGGUUCUCCCAGCAGAAUCGUUAACGUUAAUUCAAUCAUGCACAGUGUAGGUUUUGUUGAUGCUGAAGAUUUCAACUUGAGAAAACAUAAAUAUAGAAGUUGGUUGGCGUAUUCAAAUAGCAAGUUGGCACAGGUAAAAUUUAGUAGCAUGCUUCAUAAGAGAAUUCCUGCAGAAGCUGGCAUCAGCAUAAUUUGUGCUUCUCCUGGAAUUGUCGACACGAAUGUUACAAGAGACCUUCCUAAGAUUGUUGUAGCUGCAUACCGUUUUCUUCCCUACUUCAUAUUCGAUGGUCAAGAAGGUUCUAGGAGUGCACUGUUUGCGGCAUGUGACCCCCAAGUUCCAGAGUACUGUGAGAUGCUCAAGUCGGAAGACUGGCCAGUCUGUGCUUGCAUUAACUACGACUGUAAUCCGAUGAACGCGUCUGAAGAAGCGCACAGCCUUGAAACCUCGCAGCUGGUCUGGGAGAAGACGCUCGAGAUGAUCGGCCUUCCGCCGGAUGCCCUGGACAAGCUCAUCGCCGGAGAAACAGUGCCGUGCCGUUAUGGACAAUAGGAUGUCGUCGCACAGAUCCAAACAACACCACUUUUCAGUUAACAGUUUCGAGGUGGUUUGUUCCAGCCUUUGAUUAGAGCACCUCUGUUGUAUCCUUUUUUUAUCCUAAAUUUGCAGGGGGGAAACACCGUGUAAGGAAGAAAAAGAAACUGUUAACAUCUACAACCUUUGCUCUUU